AUGGAUACACAUGUAGAUGAAAUGUGUAAAAACUGCAUACCGUGCAUGUCCGCUUCUCCCUCAACAACACAAGAGCCUAUAAAACCCAGUCCGUUACCAAAACAACCUUGGGACGAAGUAUCCGUGGAUUUUUGUGGACCUUUCCCGUCAGGCGAAUAUUUCAUGGUAGUCAUAUGUGACUAUAGCAGAUAUCAUGUUGUAGAAAAACUCCAUAGCCUUUCUGCGCAAACAGUUAUUCCACAUCUUGAGAAAUUAUUCAGUUUGUUUUCUAUCCCAAGUGUCAUGAAAACUGACAAUGGAUCUCCAUUCAACAGUCAAAUCUUCUCGGACUUUGCAGAUCGUUUUGGUUUUAAACAUAGAAAAAUAACACCACUCCAUCCAAUGGCAAACGGUACAGCAGAAGCAUUUAUGAAGCCUUUAGUUAAAACCAUGAAAACCGCAUCAGCAUCAGGAAAGAACUUUAAAACUGAAAUCAGUAGUUUCCUCAUGAACUAUAGGAGUACCCCACAUCCAAGCACUGGGCUUUCUCCGUAUGAACUCAUGUUUAACAGAAAAAUGAAAACAAAACUUCCCCAGUUUUCAGUUUUCAGAAAGGAUAAGUAUGUCAGAGAAAGAGACACUAAAGCAAAGAUGAAAAAUAAACGUUAUGCCGACAUCCGACGGAAAACGAAGUAUUCAACAAUAAAACCUGGAGACAAGGUACUUGUGAAACAAAAUAUAAGGAAUAAACUUGACACACCAUUCAGCUCUUCAGGCGGUAAGGUAAUCUCGAGAAAAGGUUCUAUGGUAACAGUUCAACACAAUGAUCGUACAAUUACCCGUGACAUAUCCCAUUUCAAACCUGUAAACUCAUUUAACGACAACGACCAGCGUAAAUCCUCUUCCGACGCCGACGAUACCUCACUGCGAAAAUCAGGAAGGAAACGAAGACCCCCUAGAAGGUUUAUAGACGAAUAA